GAAUCCUGUCAACGAAUGUUCCGUCCGUAUUUUGUUUUCGGAUGUUUGAGUGGAUUAAACAUUUUAGCUUAUUUCUCUUUUCCGUUUUGGAUUUCCCCCUUUUAGUUCCCGCAUCCAGUAGGCGGCGGCAAUACACGGUUUCCGGUGUACUUAGCCCUAAAAUACCACCGAAGAAGAAUAAGUGUUUCCGUUAAGAUGGCUGUCGGUGCCUUCCCCAUCGCCAAGCUCCUCUACCUCGGUGUACGGCAGCUCAGCAAGCCCGUGGCCAACAGGCUCAAGGCCGGGGCUCUCCGGAGCGAGUUCUUCAAGACAUAUGUUUGUCUUCCGCCGGGACAGAUUUACCACUGGGUGGAGAUGAAGACCAAGAUGAGGAUCAUGGGUUUCCGGGGUGCCACCAUCAAGCCCCUGAACGAGGAGGCGGCAGCAGAGCUGGGUGCAGAGCUGCUGGGUGAGGCCAUCAUCUUCAUCAUCGGGGGAGGGUGUAUGAUCCUAGAGUACAGCAGACAGGCGGCCAACUCUAAGAGGAAGGAAGAAGAGCUGAGUCACACCAUUGGCAGUCUGCAGACACAGAUAGGAGAGCUGGCCCUGAACACAGAGACACUGGAUGCCAGGCUGAGGGAGGUCAACCGGCUGCUACUCUCCUUACCUCCUCCAGCCCUAGCACAGUCUUCUCCUACCACCACGCAACUUCCUGUUUCUGAUCCUACUACCACGCAACUUCCUGUUUCUGAUCCUACUAUCACGCAACUUCCUGUUUCUGAUCCUGCUCCCACGCUGGCUUCCUCUUCCGUGGAUCCCAGCCAAAAGUGAUACCUGUGUAAUUUCUGAGUUAGGCUGGUGGUCGCCAGAUCUGUGUGUCUUUAGCCAAGUCCUCGGUCAUGUCAUAACUAGCCUUUCAUAUCUGGCUACUUAACACUCUCCCAUGUAGUGUUGUCAGACCAGACUAAAGGGCUCUACACACUCUAUGCAAACGGCACGAUGGAGUUCCGUUUGUGUCGAUCCCUGCCUACUUUUGUGCGGCAAUUUAGUUUUGAACGGACCGUAUACGACGCUCUGUUUGCGUAGAGCGUUUAGAGUCCUUCAGACUAGGCUGUGAUGCCACACGAGAGUCAGUUGUUGGUUAAAACAGACACAGAUCUCUGUCCACCAGGUUACGUCUGUUAAUGAAAGGAUUGUGAUGCUUACCGUAUGCUUCCCAGUCGAAACAGCUUGUAUAUAUAUAUAUAUAUUAUGAUGACGUUUGCUUUGGUCUUUGGCAGUUUUUUCUUCUUCUCUGCUGUUCAUUUUUUCUUGAGGCAAGUCUGUGUUCGCUAGCCAGAGUACUAGUCCUAGUAGGAACUAUUGACGGGAUUCUUCAAUUAAUUGUUUGUCAUUCAACAAGUAGCCUCUGCAGAGGCCCCAACAACCGGAAUAUUCCGGUUUUUCAGGGGCAAUGGAAAGGGAACAUUAACAAGGCAACACUAUCUUAACUCCGCCUCCACAUUUACUGAAUUGGUUGAAAUAGUGCAGAAGAGAACCUCCCUGACAGUUUUUUCUUUUCUCCUGGUCGAGACCAGGGUGUAGGGGAUGUAGCUUCAGGCCUUUCUUUGACAGCUGCCAUGUUAGGUGUUCAACCAGAGACGACUAGUUUUCAUGCACACGUUUUCAUUGAGAAACACUGCACUAAACAUCUCUGUUAGAUGGAAAAUUGCGCGACCUAAGACUUCCUCUGCAAAAACGUCAGCAUUUUAUUUCAGGUUAAUUUGGCCUGUUUUGAGGAAGUGUUACUGGGUAUGUUGUUGGUACGGUGGCUCAAGAGGGACAAACAACAGUGUAGAUCCGCUUUUGUUCAACUUUUUAAAGUGAAGGUCAUUAAGGAGUAUGUGAGCAGAUGUUAUUUUCGCCUAGCCGAGUUCUGCUAGAAUCAAACCGACCCUCUAUGCAGAUACCUUCAUCAGUAAGUGGAGGAAGGUGCAACCACAAUACAGCACUGUCUGUCUGCUGCCAUAUGCAGAGGAUUGCCUGUAGAGCUGGGUGUGUGGGACUAAGAUGCUGAGGAUUGCCUGUAGAGCAGGGUGUGGGACUAAGAUGCUGAGGAUUGCCUGUAGAGCAGGGUGUGGGACUAAGAUGCUGAGGAUUGCCUGUAGAGCUGGGUGUGGGACUAAGAUGCAGAGGAUUGCCUGUAGAGCAGGGUGUGGGACUAAGAUGCUGAGGAUUGCCUGUAGAGCUGGGUGUGUGGGACUAAGAUGCUGAGGAUUGCCUGUAGAGCUGGGUGUGUGGGACUAAGAUGCUGAGGAUUGCCUGUAGAGCUGGGUGUGUGGGACUAAGAUGCUGAGGAUUGCCUGUAGAGCUGGGUGUGUGGGACUAAGAUGCUGAGGAUUGCCUGUAGAGCUGGGUGUGUGGGACUAAGAUGCUGA